AUUUCUCAUUCUCGCCUGUUUGCUGUUUCCCUGAGCCCUUGUCGGGAUCAUUGGUGCUUUCGACAGCCUCGGAUUGACCCUCGAGGACCGGCGACGAAACGAGAGGCAUGGCGACUUCAACUCAGAUCCGCACGCCUGAAGAGGCUGCUGCGAGAAUCGCCUACCUCUCUAGCGAUGUCGUCAUUUCCGUCCAGCCUUCAUUGGCUGCCGACUCGGAGUUUUCCUCCCACCUGAAGCGGUUCGCUGGCCGCAAGGACCGUGGAAUUGUUGCGGCGACUGAAGACACCGUCCCCGAGAUCCAAUAUGUCCGCUACAACAAUGACCCAUUGCUGUCCGUCUUCGCCCCUGCGCGGGCAGGCAAGCUCGUCUCUGUCACGACGCCUUCUACCAUCCUCCUCCCCUCCAUCUCUCACCUCUACAAGCUCACCAACUACCCCGUUGUCCUCCAUGUGGCCCUCCAGCCGCGUGGCUUUGCCGACUACUCCGUCAUCACCUCUAUUCGAAACUCGGGCUGGACCUUCCUGCAGUCCGAAACCCUCCAGGAGGCCCAGGACAUGGCCAUCACCGCACAUGCCCUGGCUGUGCGCACCGGCAAGGCCGUCAUCCACUUCUUCUCUCCAGACACUUCGGCCCGCGAUGAGCCCAUCGGCCUCGAAGACUUCUCCGUAGUACGAGCUGUCCUUGACAUCGACGCCGUCAGGAGACUACAAGCUGGCACCAUCAAGGCUUCCGGACUGUAUGCCGAUGAUGGACACGUUGCCGUCUCCUCAGACCACCAGGAGGUCGAGUCUUCUGCUAGCGCCGACAAGCCCUCAGGCCUCCAGGCCUCGACGGCCAGUCUUGCUUCCAAGGUGGUCUCCGAGUUGUCAGCCAAGACGAGUCAGGCGAGCAGCUCAAGCACACCCACGGGCUCCUCGUCCGUGGCCACUACGGUUGAGAUUGCUGCUCCCCAAGUGACCUCCGAGGACGUCUAUGUGUGCGCCACUCGCAUUUGGGCGCAGCUGAACACGGCUCUGGGACGACAAUACAACGCCUUUGAGUACACUGGACCGGCCAACGCGGAGAACUGUCUCUUCAUCUUCGGCUCCGACACUCGCUCCUUUGCCGAAGCCAUCAACAAUGCGAAGCCCGAUGACGUCUACGCCAAGAUUGGUAUUCUUACUGCUCGCCUGUACCGACCCUGGAUUGGCUCCAAGCUUGUGACGAGCAUCCCCCGGACAAUCAAGAGGAUCGCCGUCCUGGAGCAGAUUCACCGAAAGACCACUAAAUGGGGUCCCCUGUUGAUCGAUGUCUUGUCGUCCGUCAAGAGCGGCCCCGGCGGUGUUGAGACCAUUGUUGGCCACCAGCUGGGAUACAUUGCCCCUGAGGCCAUCACCCAGGCUCUCCGUGGCGUUGUGCAGAACCUCACAGCCGCGCAGCCCAUCCAGAACCUGGAGGUGGGUGUCAAAGAAGGGCCCAGUGAACCAGCUGCGGUGGGCGUGGAUGCCCCGAAGCUCGAGGUCGCCUACUCCAAGAUUCUCGACCAGCUUUUCGGCAGCAGAACCUACAUCGCCAACGCUCUCCAGUCCCAGAACGCCGGUAUUUCUCCUACAGUAGCAGCCAGCCCUGAAUUUGGCUUCGGUUCUCUGUUGGCCCGGAAGGAGUUGCGCAACAGAUUCGUCGCCGAGGUCAAGCAGGCAGCGAGCAGCGCCGGCGUCGCCAGUGAGGCGCUCAAGAGCUGGCUGGCACGGUGGGCCGUCAACGCUGACGACCAGGCCAAGUCCGACGUCAUCUCUGACGAUGUCAUUGCCAAGCUGGAGCAGGAUGGCUCGCCCGAAGCCCAGAAGCUUCUCGCGAACCGACACCUCUUCCGCAAGGAGUCUCUCUGGCUGAUGGGCUCUGAUGCCUGGGCUUAUGAUCUCGGCAACUCUGGUGUUCACCACGUCCUUGCGUCUGGCGAGAACGUCAACAUGCUCAUCAUCGACUCGACUCCCUACUCCGAAAAGGCUGCGGCCGACCACGAGCGCAGGAAGAAGGACAUCGGCUUAUACGCCAUGAACUUUGGCAACGUCUAUGUGGCUUCCACCGCGGUCUACAGCUCAUACACUCAGGUUCUGCAGGCCCUGCUGGAGGCAGACAAGUUCAACGGCCCAUCAGUCGUGUUGGCCUACCUGCCCUACUUUGGCGAGACCGACUCCCCUCUCACCGUUCUGCAGGAGACCAAGAAGGCCGUGGAUGCUGGAUACUGGCCUCUUUACCGGUGGAACCCCGACAACGAGGCCAAGGGCGAGCCGACCUUCUCCCUGGACUCGGAGCUCGUCAAGCAAGAGCUGAAGGCUUUCCUGGCCCGAGACAACCAGUUGACGCAGAUCAUGAAGAAGGAGCCCAAGUUUGCCGCCAGCCUUGGUCAGGACUUUGGAACCGAGGUCCGGGCUGCACAGAAGAGGAAGGCAAAGGAUGCCUACAACCAACUCCUCGAAGGCCUCCUGGGCGCUCCCCUCACCAUUCUCUAUGCUUCUGACAACGGCAACGGCAGCACGCUGGCCAAGCGAUUGGCCAACCGGGGCAGAGCCCGUGGCUUGAAGACGGCGGCAAUGGCCAUGGAGGAUUAUCCCAUUGAGGACUUGCCAACCGAGGAAAACAUCGUCUUCAUCACCUCCACCGCCGGUCAGGGAGAGUUCCCCCAGAACGGUCUGGCCUUCUGGGAUGCCAUCAAAGACAAUACCGAUCUCGAUCUGGCCACCGUCAACUACUCCGUCUUUGGCUUGGGCGACAGCCACUACUGGCCUCGUAAGGAGGACAAGAUCUUCUAUAACAAGCCUGCCAAGGAUCUUGACCGAGUUCUCGGCAACCUUGGUGGCAAGAGGUUCGUGGACAUUGGCCUCGGAGAUGACCAAGAUCCGGAUGGCUUCCAGACAGGCUACGCCGAGUGGGAGCCCAAGUUGUGGCAAGCCCUUGGCGUGGACAAGGUCGAGGGCCUCCCCGAUGAGCCGCCGCCAAUCACCAACGAAGACAUCAAGCUCGAGUCAAACUUCCUCCGAGGCACCAUCGCAGAGGAGCUGAGGGAUACGUCGACUGGCGCCAUUUCGGCGGCCAACUCCCAGCUGACCAAGUUCCACGGCACCUAUCUCCAGGACGACCGCGACGUCCGCGAUGAGAGAAAGGCGCAGGGCCUGGAGCCCGCGUACAGCUUCAUGGUUCGCUGCCGACUGCCCGGAGGUGUUGCGACAGCCGCCCAGUGGCUGCAGAUGGACGACAUCAGCAGCAAGCUCGGCAACGAGACGAUGAAGCUCACUACCCGUCAGACGUUCCAGUUCCACGGCGUCGUCAAGGGCAAGCUGCGUCCCACCAUGCAGGCCAUCAACCGCGCGCUCAUGACGACGAUUGCCGCCUGCGGUGAUGUGAACCGCAACGUCAUGUGCAGCAGUCUGCCCGCUCAGUCCAGGCUUCACGAGCAAGUCCAGUCGUACGCUGCCAAGAUCAGCAACCACCUGUUGCCUUCCACCAAUGCCUACCACGAGAUUUGGCUGGCCGAUGAGAAUGACAAGAAGGUCCAGGUUGCGGGCGACGCCGUCCAAGACUUUGAGCCGCUGUACGGCCCUACCUAUCUGCCCCGAAAGUUCAAGAUUACGAUUGCCGUUCCUCCCCACAACGACACCGAUGUCUACGCGCACGACAUUGGUCUGAUUGCCAUCGUGGGCGACAACGGUGAGCUGCAGGGCUUCAACGUGCUCGCUGGCGGUGGCAUGGGUGCCACUCACAACAACAAGAAGACGUACCCCCAGACUGGCCGCAUGUUUGGCUAUGUCGACAAGGAGGACGUGCACAUUGCAUGUGAGAAGAUUAUGCUCGUCCAGCGCGACCACGGCGACCGAAAGAACCGCAAGCACGCCCGUCUCAAGUACACCAUUGACGACAUGGGCGUUGAAGUGUUCAAGGGCAAGGUCGAGGAGCUGUGGGGCAAGCAGUUUGACAAGCCGCGAGCCUUCGAGUUCAAGAGCAACGUCGACACCUUUGGCUGGCAGCGAGACGAGUUUGGCCUGAACCACUUCACCUUCUUCAUCGAAAACGGACGCAUCGAGGACACGCCCGACUUCCAGAUGAAGACGGGCCUGCGGGAGAUUGCAAAGGUGCACAAGGGCGAGUUCCGCCUGACGGGCAACCAGCACCUCAUCCUCAGCAACGUCAGCGACGAGGACCUGCCCGCCAUGAAGGAGCUGAUGAAGAAGUACAAGCUCGACAACGUCCAGUUCUCGGCCCUGCGCCUCAGCUCCUCGGCCUGCGUCGCCUUCCCGACGUGCGGCCUCGCCAUGGCCGAGUCGGAGCGCUACCUGCCCGUGCUCAUCACCAAGCUCGAGAACUGCCUGGAGGAGAACGGCCUCCGGCAGGACUCCAUCGUCAUGCGCAUGACGGGCUGCCCCAACGGCUGCGCCCGGCCCUGGCUGGCCGAGGUGGCCUUUGUCGGCAAGGCGUACGGCGCGUACAACAUGUACCUCGGCGGCGGCUACCACGGCCAGCGCCUCAACAAGCUGUACCGCGCGAGCAUCAAGGAGGACGAGAUCCUGGCCAUUAUGCGGCCCUUGCUGAAGCGCUAUGCGCUGGAGAGGACCGAGGGCGAGCGGUUUGGUGACUUUUGCGUGCGGGUCGGGCUCAUUCACGAGACGACGGACGGACAAAACUUCCACGAUAAUGUUGCGGAAGAAGAGGGACCAGAAGAGGAGUAGACGAACGGAACGACAAAGAAGGAGGUGUCUUGGGUGUGGGUGAAGGGGAAGAAUAUUCGAGUUAGAAGAUGGGAGAAACUGAAUUGUCAAUUUUGGAUAUAUCACCGGCGUUGAAGGCAUCAUCAUUGUUAUAUAUAUAUAUAUA